CAAACAAAGGGAAAGCAAGCACAACUUCAGCCGGCUGUUCAUAAACUAUCAAAAUAAUUGUGAUCUAACUAACUAAAAUUUUACUCACUUGAAAUACCAAUAAUCCGGUGCGAGCUCAAAAAUGGCAGAUCCACGCAUCAGGCAAUUGGUUAUUAAAACGGGUGUCGUUAAGCGCCUGUCAAAGGAAAAGACCACGUACGAGAAGGAAGUGAACAUAGAACGCACACGUUUGGAGAAGUUCAGGAACGAUGGAGCCGAUGACCAUGUCCUGCGCAAGCAGCAGGAGGUCAUCGAGGAGUGUGAGAUGAUGAUUCCGGACUCAAAGCGCAGACUGCAAAAGGAGUUCGACUUGCUGCAGAAAUUCCUCGAUGACGAGGUGGAUCUCAAGGAGACGGAGACGUACACAAAGGCUGCAGAGAUCUUAACCGAAGCCAAGGGUGUGCUGGCGGUUUAAGUCCAUGGCGGGCGGCAAGCGAAUCUUUAAACGUUCCCUCAAUAGUAUUUAAUUAUGCUUCCCUAAUUACAUGUUUCGCAUUAAUAUAAUAUUAUUUAAUAAAUUAACAUCAGCCAAACAGCUGUGCCCGC